AUGGAGACUGAAUGUGAUACAGAUAGAAGGUGCUGGACCACUGUAGCCAUAAGCAAGAGACAAGCAAAGGUGCUUGAAGACUACUGGGAUUGCAGUGUAUGUACAUAUCGAAACACAGCGGAAGCAUUUAAGUGCCUAAUGUGUGACAUACGCAAAGGGACGUCUACCAGAAAACCUCGGAUAAACCCUCAGCUGGUGGCUCAGCAAGCUGUUCCACAGUUUAGCCCAGGACCCUUUAAGGUAUUUAAGAAAGAAGGAGGUAAAGAGAAAUCAUUAAAAAGAAGGACCACAACAGAUAGUAAAGGCUUGAAAAAGUCAUGGCAUCCGCCCCGUUUAAAAAAUGUUGAUCGUAGUUCUGCCCAAACCAGAGAAAUAACAGUGAAUAAUGUGACUGUUAUAAUCACUGAAUAUAAAGCUAAAAAGAAAAAACCUUCUGAUGCAUCUAGCAGCACAUCAUCUGAGGGAAGUCAUACAGACACCAGCUCAGACGCAAGAAGUGCUGACUUAGCCACAGACUCAAGAAGUUCUUAA